GGAAAAUAUGCAACUAAGUGAGUCAUGUUUAAAAAAAAAAUCAGUCUUUGUGAACUAUAUUUUACCAUUGUCACUGCUAAUUAACUCAGCAAACAGCCCUAAAUCACACUUAAUCAAAUUUGCAAUAAACAUAUAGAAUAUGCACGUACAAAGUAUGCAAAACACAUUUUACCUAAAAUAACAAGAUGAGGUAUAGUCAGAGCCUGACUAAAUAAUAAUGAGAUGUCAUUAAAUUAUCUUCAGAAUUUGUAUUUCACCACAGAAAUUAGAGCAAUUAAAUGACACUUAAUGUUUAUCAGUCUAAAAUGUAUAUUUGAUAUUGUUGAGACCCACUGUGUUAAUAAGCCUGUUUCAAGGUUUGCAUUUCUGCAGCAUCAAACUUUUUUUUACCAAAAAUGGUGACACCCCACAUUAUUUGAAGACUCCAAGGUAAUAUAAUUUGCAAACACAACCACACCCAGUGGGACUCAGCCGACUGGUUUUGCGGUUGAACAGUUCGUUUCACAGUACAUUUCCAGAGCACAAUUAAUUCGCUGAGAGCUGACGUCCCUCCCCAUCACAAAGCCUGACGCGACCGCAUGUUGUGCAGAUCAGAGGCACCCACCCAUUCACAUACACGCAGUGCAUCGGCCGCAUUGCAUCGGCAAAGGAUCCCGAGACCCGGUCAGCACCAUGGCCGAGAAGACUCUCUGGUUGCUUCUCAACCGUCCGAAGAAGACGACCAAGCCUGCGGAGGAGGCAAAGAAUGGGGACGACAUCCCCAAGAAGCUGGAAAACCUGGCAACGGAGCGCUCUACGGCACAGAGCGUAGGCCUGCGUGUCGUCUACAUUGAGGACAUAGUCAUGUCAUUGGAGGGAGGGGUCCUGGGCAUGUACGUGACGAAAGAGAAGGUGAGCGAGUACCCUACAGCUGUGCUCGUACAGGCAGAUGCAGGCCGGGCAGGUGGGGACACGGAGAAGCUUCACACCCUGCUGUGCCACUUGGAGAGGAUGGGCAGCCGCCUCUUCAACCGCAGCCAGGCCCUCGCUUCCUGCCGCAACACAUUCCGCACGUACCAGGAGCUGUCCGGGCACGAGCUGCCACUGCUCGACACCUUCCUAUGCGAGCUGGGUGGAGACCCCCAACAGAGCUUCCGGGCCAUGGCUCAGGAGGGAGAAAAACUGGAAUACCCUAUCCUCCUGCGAGAAAGCAAGGGGCAGGAGGUAUUCUUUGCCCGGGAAAAGAAAUUCCUGCACAGUCGCACGUACUUGCUGCGGCGUGAGCAACCCUACAUGUUCCAGCGCUACGUGAAAGGGGGCGGCAACAUGGAGGCGCUGGUGUUGGUGGUGGGCAGCAAGGUGGCUGGGGCCCAACUCAGAUGCUGCAAAGGCCUGGAAGCAGAAGGAACCCCGGGCGAGGAUGACAAAUCAAAGGAUUGGGAGCUGAGCGCUGAAGGCAAGGAGUUGGCUCUGAAAGUGGCCAAGAUCCUGCAAGUGGACAUCUGUGGAGUCGUCUUGCAGUGCGGAGACAAUGGAUCGUUCUUCGUCACAGAAGUGAAUGCCAGCAUGGAACUGGGCGCACUCGGAGACAUCUUCAAAGAGGAUGUGGUGGGGGCUGCCCUAGACCACGUGCUGGCUUACAUCAACAGCCAAAAGAGUGCUGCCUAAAAACAGCUGCCAUUAACCGCAAAGCGGCAGAGCGAGGCCCCGCUUAUGAAUAUAUGGCUUAUUCAUGGCAUGUUAAUGUUCCAAAUAUUACAUGUCACAGUAGUGGUCAUUAAGUGAUGUACAAGUACCUAAUUAUGCCAUUGUAACGAAAACAAUCCGAGACAGAAUUUUAAAUAAUUACACAUAACUAAAUUAUGACCAAAGUAUUGUCUGUGUAUUCCAGUACAUACAAUACUUUUAAUAUUCCAUAAAUUAAGCAUUUUCACAUUCGUUAUCAAUUUAAUUGAGAAGCUUUUGGAUAGAUGACUUACAUUUAAAAUUGUCAUGAUUUUAGCUGUUCUCCAGCCAAACCAAAACUAAAUAUCCUAAUACUACUUAAAUUACAUUUGAAACUUUCUGACUGAUCUAACAUAGCGAUGCAGAUAUCAUGGUCAUGUGUUUUGCUGGAUAACACAUACAUAGUGUAUUAUUCUGCAAAUGUUCUCUGUUGGUUAUCUCAUCAACUAUGUUGCCACGUAUGCAUUGGCCAGGUUUUCAUAUUGAACAGAACGCACCUUCUGUGCCAAUUAAACGUUAUACUUAAUAUGCAUGUAUGUUAAACUUAUUUCGCACCGUACAUAACCAACCUUGCUUAUCGGAGGUGCGGGGGAUGGACAACAAGCUAAACACAAAAACAAGUUCUAAACAAAUUAUUUUUCAAUCU